AAGAAGAAGAAGAAGAAGGAAAUUUCUAUAAAAAAAUGAGUCUUUUCGACAUCGAAGAUAUCAAAGUGAAACCGGACAUAGUGCACCUGUACCCGGAUCCGGAAGCGCGGUCUGAUGCCGCCAUCAUUAUCGACAACGGUUCUUAUCACUGCCGGGUGGGAUGGGCUUCGAAACAGGAGCCGUCGCUGCAGUUCAAAAAUGUCCUUGCGAAACCGAGAAAAGACCGCAGCAGCAAGGCAAAGGCUGAUGCCGCCGGGGAUGCGGCAACGGUUCCGGCGAUUCAAAUCGGGAAUGAUAUUGUAAAUAUUGAGGCGGUUCGAUUCCAACUGAGGACGCAAUUCGAUCGUAAUGUCGUUACGCAUUUGCACGUUCAGGAACAAAUUUUGGAUUAUUUGUUUGCGAAGUUGGGUAUUGAUACUGAAGGGUCGGUAACUCAUCCGAUUUUGCUGACAGAAUGUGUAGCCAAUCCUAAUUACAGUCGAAUGUUGAUGUCGGAACUGAUGUUCGAGUGUUAUGCGAUUCCCGGGAUUUCCUAUGGGGUGGAUAGUUUAUUCAGCUAUGAUUUGAAUGGUGCGGUUGAAAAUGGACUGAUUAUAUCUUGUGGCUAUCAUACUACACAUGUAAUUCCGAUUUUGAACGGAAGGAUGGUACAGGACAAAGUCAGACGUAUUAAUCUGGGUGGUUUCAAUAUGAUCAAUUUUAUGUUCCGAUUGCUUCAACUCAAAUAUCCGGUCCACGUGAAUUCCAUCACGUUAAGCAGGGCUGAAGCUAUGAUCCACAAUUACUGUUUCUUCGCUUAUGAUUAUAUGGAAUCUUUGAAGGAUUGGGCAACAUUGGAGUAUUACGAUCAGAAUGUCAUAAAAAUUCAGCUUCACUAUAAUCAAACCGUAUCAGCACCCACUUUAACGGCAGAACAGCGAGUUGAGAAGCGGAAGGAACUGUCCCGUCGGUUGGCGGAAAUUAAUAUGCGCAAACGGGAGGAAAAACUGGCCGAGGAUAAGAUCCUGCUAACUCGAAUGAUAGCCUUGGAAGACAAUCUGGAGGACGAUGAAGAAUUAUCGUUGACGCUUCAAGAGUUCGGCGUGAAAAGUAUUGACGAGUUCAAGAAAACUAUUAUAACAUUGAGGGAAAGGAUUGUGAAGACUACCCAGAAGAUGACGGCCCAACAGCAAGCUGGGCCAGCAAUCGAGGAAAAGGUGUGUCCAAUGUUGCAACCUCCUGCACACUUAUCACUUGCUGACUGGGUUGUCGAAACACGGAAGCGACGAGACGAAAUUCUGGAUCGGAAACAAAUACGUAAACAGCGCCGCCAAGAUUUGGCCAAACGGCGAACGGCAGCUGCCCAGGAGCGGAUGCGAAUCAUAUCGCACCUAGCCAAAAAGGAGAAAGGAGUCGACGACUUCGGAAUGCGGGACGAAGAUUGGGACGUUUAUAAAUCCAUCAGCCGAGAAGGCGACAGCGAUAGUGAGGCGGAAAAUGAGAAACUGCUUGAGUGUGAAGAGAUUCUGAAGCAACACGACAGUAGUUACGUGGAACCUUCCACCUCCGUUGGGAACAUUGCCGAGUUCCAUCAGCUGCACAUCGGCGUUGAAGCCAUUCGUGUGCCAGAGAUUCUCUUCCAGCCAAGCAUGGUCGGAAUUCAGGAAGCCGGUUUGGCCGGUACAAUCGACUACGUGCUGAAAUUGUUCGAUAGCGAAGAUCGAGUCAAACUCAUCGGAAACAUUCUGCUAACCGGGGGUUCUGCCAACAUACGUGGAUUCAAGGAACGUCUUUCCAGAGAACUGCGGCAGCUGCUUCCAUUCCAAUCGGUGUUCAAUCUGCGGGUGGCCAGUAAUCCUUCGAUGGAUGGAUGGAAAGGGGCCAGUCAGUUUGCCACGACCGAUGCAUUCCGCGACAGUUUGAUCAAUCGGCAGAUGUACGACGAGUAUGGCGGUGAGUAUUUCAAAGAGCAUUUAGCCAGUAAUUUCUACUAUCCGACCCCGAGUCAAAGUAGCGUUAACCUGAACGAAACGUUCAAUUAAAAGGUUCAAACUAAAAGUUUCUUUUUAUUGCUUCGAAACAGUAUAAUUCAACAAAUUUAAACAUUUUUGAAAGAAACGACCAUAGAUGUUGCCUGUUGUGGAGAGUCAAAUGUGCCACUUUUAUAAAAG